AUGCGGCUCUUACAGUACAGCGAAAGCGGAGAGCUCAGCAUCCACAGCUUCGACGAUGGCGACAUACCCCCUUACGCGAUACUCUCACACACCUGGGGCGCAGAUGGCGACGAGGUGACCUUUGCAGACCUCCAGACAGGCGGUGGCAAGACGAAGCCGGGCUAUAAGAAGAUCAUCUUCUGCGGAGAACAGGCACGGCGCGACAGCCUCCAGUACUUCUGGAUCGACACGUGCUGCAUCAACAAGGCCAAUAAGGCUGAACUUGCCUUCUCUAUCCGAUCGAUGUUUCGCUGGUACCGCGAUGCAGCUCGGUGUUAUGUAUAUCUAUCGGAUGUCUCUGAUCAACCUCUACCAAAGGCUGAGCUUGCGCUUAAAAAUAGCAGAUGGUUUACCCGUGGAUGGACGCUGCAGGAGCUUCUUGCACCGUCUAUAGUAGAGUUCUUCUCUAGAGAAGGGACUAAGCUUGGUGAUAAGUUGUCGCUAGCAGAAGAAGUGCGUGAAGUUACGGGUAUCCCUAGUCUAGCGCUGCAGGGCGAACCGUUGUCUUACUUUAGCGUUCAUGAACGCGUUACCUGGAUUGAACAUCGCACUACCACGAUUCCAGCGGACCGUGCAUACUCCCUGAUGGGUAUUCUCGGCGUCAGCUUGUCCCCGAUUAAUGGCGAGAAUCUAGCUGAAGCUUUGAAGCGGGUUCUAGACGAGGUUGAAAAGCAGAACAAGUGCAUCCAAGACUUGUGUCCUAGCAACCCGCGCGAUGACAAGAAGCGGAUCGAAGAGACUAAAGGCGGGCUGCUUACGGGCGCUUACCGUUGGGUUCUUGACAACGACACCUUCCAGCAGUGGCAGCAAGACCCAGAGAGCCGACUACUGUGGGUGAAAGGCGAUCCUGGCAAAGGCAAGACAAUGCUGCUGUGCGGCAUUAUCGACCAACUGCAAAACUUGACGCCGAAACCUACCCUUUUUUCGUACUUUUUCUGCCAAGCGACCGACACACGCAUUAAUAGUGCCACAGCUGUGCUGCGGGGCUUGCUGUAUAUGCUUGUGCACCGGCAGCCGUCGCUUAUAUCGCACGUUCGCAGGAAGCACGACUACGCUGGCAAAAGCUUGUUCGAGGACGCGAAUGCCUGGGUCGCCCUGACGGAAAUCUUCGCCGAUGUGCUGCAAGAUGCAGGCCUAGGCACAACGUAUCUAAUUAUUGACGCGCUCGACGAAUGCGUGACAGGCUUACUAAAGUUGCUCAGCUUUAUCGCGAAGCAGUCGUCUGCGUCCUCUCGCGUUAAAUGGAUUGUAUCUAGUCGCAACUGGCCAGAUAUUGAGGAAGAACUGGAGCGUGCUGAGCAUAAGAUGAGGCUUAGCCUUGAGUUAAACGCUGAGUCGGUAGCUGCAGCAGUAGAUGUGUUUAUCCGGCAGAAGGUGUGUCGCCUAGCCCAAGAGAAGCGCUACACGCCAGAGGUACAAGACGCGGUGCUCCAGCACUUAACGUCGAACGCGAACGACACCUUCCUCUGGGUUGCGUUGGUGUGCCAAGGCCUCAAACGGACGCCGAAGUGGAACGUGCUGAAGAAGCUAGCCCAGUUCCCGCCUGGGCUCGACUCUCUGUACAAGCGGAUGCUGCAGCAGAUUAGCGAGUCCGACAGCGCUGAUAGGUGUCUGCGGGUACUGGCAGUGACUGCUGUCCUAUAUCGACCGAUCACAGUUAGUGAGCUAGUUAUAUUAACUAAGCAACUUGCAGACCUUAUUAAUGAUCUAGAGUCCGUGCGGGAGAUUAUCGGUCUCUGCGGAUCAUUUUUAACGCUGCGAGACGAUACGGUAUACUUUGUACAUCAGUCAGCUAAGGACUUCCUUAUUACGAAAGCGUUAAACGACGUCUUUCUAGAUGGUAUAGAGUGUGUGCAUCAAGAUAUCUUCGCGCAAUCACUUAUAAUUCUGCACAAGACACUGCGCAGAGAUAUAUACGGCCUUCAAGCGCCUGGAUAUACUAUAGGAGAUGUUAAGCCACUUCUUCCUGAUCCUCUAGCCGUGUCGCACUACCCAUGUGUGUACUGGAUUGACCACUUCUGCGACUCAAAACCCAGUGCUACUAAUCAAGAAAUCACUAGGGCUAUAGACGCAUUUCUUGAGCAAAGAUAUCUCCACUGGCUAGAAGCGCUCAGCUUGUGCAGAAGCAUGGCCAAAGGGGUAGUCUCGAUGACAAGGUUAUGGGAUCUAGUCCAGGUAAGGCUAACACAACUACAUCUGUACACGGCCUUCACAAUCGUGUACGACGCACGGCGGUUUAUUAUGUAUCAUAAGGAGGCGAUCGAGAACUAUCCUUUGCAGGCAUACGCAUCUGCUCUGCUGUUCAGUCCAGCUGAUAGCAUAGUAAGAAGGCUGUUCCAGCACGAAGAGCCAAGAGGAGUAACGAUCAAGCCCGCUAUGGGCAACGGCUGGAGUGCAUGUCUGCAGACGCUCGAGGGCCAUAGCGGUGAUGUUACCUCGGUGGCCUUCUCGCACGACUCGACCCGGCUAGCGUCAGCGUCAAGGGACAGCACUGUCAAGAUCUGGGAGGCGAGCAGCGGGACGUGUGUGCACACGCUCGAGGGCCAUAGCAGUCAUGUUACCUUAGUGGCCUUCUCGCACGACUCGGCUCGGCUAGCGUCAGCGUCAAGGGACAGCACUGUCAAGAUCUGGGACGCGAGCAGUGGGGCGUGUGUGCACACGCUCGAGGGCCAUAGCAGUGAAGUUAAUUCGGUGGCCUUCUCGCACGACUCGACCCGGCUAGCGUCAGCGUCUUUUGACAGCACUGUCAAGAUCUGGGAGGUGAGCAGCGGGGCGUGUGUGCACACGCUCGAGGGCCAUAGCAGCUAUGUUUGGUUGGUGGCCUUCUCGCAUGACUCGACCCGGCUAGCGUCAGCGUCUUUUGACAGCACUGUCAAGAUCUGGGAGGCGAGCAGCGGGAUGUGUGUGCACACACUCGAGGGCCAUAGUAGCUAUGUUACCUCGGUGGCCUUCUCGCACGACUCGACCCGGCUAGCGUCAGCGUCUUUUGACAGCACUGUCAAGAUCUGGGACGCGAGCAGCGGGGCGUGUGUGCACACGCUCGAGGGCCAUAGCAGCUAUGUUCGGUUGGUGGCCUUCUCGCAUGACUCGACCCGGCUAGCGUCAGCGUCUUUUGACAGCACUGUCAAGAUCUGGGAGGCGAGCAGCGGGACGUGUGUGCACACAUUCGAAGGCCAUAGCAGUCAUGUUACCUUGGUGACCUUCUCGCACGACUCGACCCGGCUAGCGUCAGCGUCAGAAGACGGGACUAUCAAGAUCUGGGAGACGAGCAGCGGGACGUGUGUGCACACGCUUGAGGGCCAUAGCAGUCCUAUUACCUCGGUGGCCUUCUCGCAUGACUCGACCCGGCUAGCGUCAGCGUCUUUUGACAGCACUGUCAAGAUCUGGGACGCGAGCAGCGGGACGUGUGUGCACACACUCGAGGGCUAUAGCCAUUUUGUUACCUCGGUGGCCUUCUCGCACGACUCGGCUCGGCUAGCGUCAGCGUUAAGUAACUAUACUGUCAAGAUCUGGGACGCGAGCAGCGGGACGUGUGUGCACACACUCGAGGGCCAUAGCAGUGAAGUUAAUUCGGUGGCCUUCUCGCACGACUCGGCCCGGCUAGCGUCAGCGUCAGAAGACGGGACUAUCAAGAUCUGGGAGGCGAGUAGCGGGACGUGUAUACACACUCUUAAUGUUGGCACGGCUCUUGACAGCUUAUCCUUUGACUCUACUAGCACUUCCCUUUACACAAACAUUGGAAUCAUCGCUAUCCCUCCUUUCCAGGUUUCUACCAGCACAGACAUGGCAGCAUCAAAACCACAGUACCAAAAUGUUAGUCUAAGUCUAGAUAUGGUUUGGAUUGUGCGCGCCGGAAGCAAUGUACUGUGGCUACCAUCUGAGUAUCGACCGUCAAGGUCAGCCGUGAGUGGGGCUCUGGUAGGCAUGGGAGUAGGAUCAGGGAGGAUAUGGUUUUGUGAGGUGAAGUAGAUAAAGAAUCACAAUUAAUAGAAGCAUAUUUGCAGUACUUA